AUGUUGGCCGGCGGCUACGACAUGGCGUGGCCGCUGUUCGUCCUGCUCCUGUGCGCCAACGCGCUGCUGUGCCGGUGCCUGGACAAGGAGGACGUGAUAUUCGCCGUCAACGCCGGCGGCGACGCGCACGUCGACAGCUACGGCAUACUGUACCAGAGAGACUUCAACCGGAUCGGCACGGAGUCUGACUACGGCAAGAAGCUGUCCAUACAGCGGGUCAAGCCCCACGACCAGAUCCUGUACCAGACCGAGAGGUAUUCGCAAACCACAUUUGGUUACGACAUACCCGUCAUGCAGGACGGCGACUAUGUGAUGGUGCUCAAGUUCAGCGAGGUGUACUUCACCAACAGCGGCUUGAAGGUGUUUGAUGUCGUUUUGAACGGUCAACACGUAGUGGUACCGCUGUUGGACAUCUACGACAAAGUCGGAUUUGGCUCCGCUCAUGACGAGUACAUUGAAUUUACGGUAGACGGCACAACGUUAUAUUGGAGAGGAGAGAUAUCAGAAAUCAAAGGAAAUCUCGUUCGAGUGGAUUUUAUAAAAGGUGAAAGAGAUAAUCCUAAAGUAAAUGCAGUACUCGUAGCCAAAGGCCGGAUUUCAGAUAUACCAAGAUUACCAGAUUUAUACUCUGAUAUUGAACCACAACCACAUGAUGAGAUAGACGUGGAAGAAGAUCCGUCUGUUAGUGACAGUAAAGAUCCUGUAAAAAUGGUACAACACACUAGAAAUCCUAGUGGACCUAGAGCACCAGAUCCACAAGAUGUAAAUUCCAUGAAGUUAAUGCCAAUAUUUGGCGCUCUGAUUGCUUUUUUUGGAGCACUUCUUCUACUUUGCAGACUAUGA